ACAUUCUCUUGUGAUAUUCGGCAAGGCCCUAUAUGUUCGGUGACAUUGGUGAUACUUGUAGUGGUAUUCGUCAGGUAGUCGUGAUACUCUCGGAUAACGGAUAAUGGCGUCAGCGUUGUUGCGUGGUGGAGUGCCUGAACAUGUAAUAAUUGUCUAUAUAGUUUUCACUCUGAAACCUUAGAGACAAGAUACUUGAAGCUUGGUAGCUGUGGCUAAAUCAAAUAAGAAUUGGUCAAAAUGCAGAGCAACAUAUCCAAGAGUGAAGAAUAUCUAGCAUUCAGAAGCACUGUGGCACUGAAAAGUGUGAUAGUUGACCACGAUGAUACAAAGGUGUGGCGCCUGUACGACGUCGGUCCGCGCUCGGUCUCCUGUCCCAUCGUGUUCCUGCCGCCGCUGAGUGGAACUGCCGACGUGUUCUUCCGCCAGCUGCUGAGUCUGUCCAGCCGCGGGUAUCGCGUGCUCUCGGUCUCGUAUCCAGUUUACUGGUCAGUUCAGGAGUUCUGCGAGGGCUUCCGUCGCCUACUGGACGAGCUGCGGCUGGAUAAGGUGCACUUGUUCGGCUCCUUCCUGGGCGCUUUCCUGGCGCAAAAAUUUGCCGAGGCGACGCGCCAGUCGCCACGCGUGGCCUCGCUCCUGCUCUGCCAGGCGUUUGUGGACACGCGCAUCUACAAGAAGACUGCGGUGUCGCCCUUCUACUGGCUGGUGCCAGGUCUGGUGCUGAAGAACAUGAUCCUGCAGGGCUUCCCGAGUCACGACUGUGUCCGUCCAGACAUCGCCAACUCGUUCGACUUCAUGGUCGACCAGCUUUCCCAGCUGAGCCAGGCGGAGCUGGCGUCGCGUCUCACGCUCAGCAGCACCGGCUGUCGGGUGGCCGUGGACAAGCUGCGACACCUCCCGGUCACACUACUGCAGGCCCUGGAUGCCACGGCGCUCACCGAGCAGGCCCGCGCAGAGGCCGAGCGCUGCUACCCCCACGCGCGUGUGGCGCACCUUAAGACGGGCGGCAACUUUCCGUUCUUGACGCGGCCCGACGAGACGGAUAUGUUCAUACAGGUGCACGUGCGGCCGAUGCUGGGUCACAGCGUCUCCCCGAGGGAGGAACGAGGUGACGAGCCGGAGCCUGUGCCGGACUCUCCGGUCACCGGCGACCAGAGGCCGACCGGGGCAUCCGUCACCGGCGACCAGCGGCCGACCGGGGCACCCGUCUGACAUCGCCGUCUGUCCGUCAAGGUGGCUGUCCGAUCGGUCCGUCCUUUGGUGACCCCCGGCGAUCUUUGCUCUACCGUCCCAGCGCGUAUGUCUGCACGGCCCAGCUUCUGUUCUGUGCAGUGAGUAUCUACGUCGGCUGAUGGCGAGACACGCCCGAUAUCAACGCAGACUCGGAGACUGUCCUGGCUCCCGUGCCGAUUUCGACGCAGCGGUGCCCCAACCGUCCGGUUUGUGUGUAUGUGCACUGCUCCGGGAGGGGCGUUGAACAGGGUAGAGUGCUGGUCAAUGGUCACCGACACCAGAACGAGUGCCCAAUAGGUGUUUGAUGGACAAACGUGUGCAAAGAACUUAUAACGAAUGAAUGCCGUGGCCAGUGCGGUCCAAUGCGGGGAAGCAAUUCGAAGGAUAUGGUGAACAGCUGUUAUAGAAGUGUUUAUAUGUAAGCCGGGGGCCAGAAAGCACCUUUCAAUUACAAAGAAGUAGAAUGGGCUAUAUAGGUAAUGCGCCGGUAUUGGGCGGAGGCAUUGUUAAGUUGUGAAGAAGCGUUCAGUUAUCUUGAGUUUUGUAAGUAGAUUAUUUGCUUAUGCUAGUUUGAAUGAGUGAUUUUUAUGUGGAGUCACUGCGCUUCCUUCCGAUUUGUACACAUGUAAUGUUCAUGGCAUCUGUGACGGGGUUGUAUACGAAGGGUAGAUAUAAGGCGUGUGGCGUUUUCUCUUUCAGUAUUAUUUUUGCUUGUUGGGUCUGGCGCUACUGCUUGUUAACACGGUUUACCUUAUGCUGCUGUGAACAGUACUGUGUUCUUCAGUGCAAAAUGCUGUUUGUGUUCCAGAGUGAUUUGUGUUCUAAGACAGUGAGAGUACACCUAACUAAGCUAUCUACCGAAUAAUCAAACGCUGUGUGGUUGAAACAGUGUAUAAUAUACUGGUUCGAGCCAGUAUGCGGGCUUUCUACACCAUGCAUAUUGUAAAUGUCGCUUGACUGUUCAGCUAAAAGGCUCAAUACAGGAUGCAAAUAUG